AUGUCCCAAGCUGAAGUGUCCUAUAGUUGUGGGUCUUGUGCAUACCCUCUGAACUUGUCAUCUUCAAAUCGUUUGACAUCUGGUUCUGGCAUUGGCUCUGAGUAUCAAAAGUCCGUCAAGAAAGGUUUUAUUUCAUUCCUCACAGUUGAUCUUAGUCGGUUCACGCAGGUUGAUGAGGUAAACUGUUUUCCUGUCUCUUGGGGUCGUUAUCGUUCAAAGACUAAACUCCUCUGCCGUAAAUGUGGGGUUCAUAUUGGUUAUGGUUAUGGAGACUCUUCUGCUCUUUGUGGUUUUGACUCUCCCAACUCAUCUACUUCAGCUUACAGAAAGUUCACUGUAAAAAUACGAGCUCUACAGCCUUCUGAAGAGUGCUAA